CAGUUGAACAUAAACUGUGUUCAGGGUGACAGCAUGACUAUUUCUUGUCUAACCACAACCCACUUGCUGGAGUCUCUAACAGUCAAACUACACAAGAGCAACCAAGAUGAAGACAUCCUGAUGUAUCCAGACAUCUCUCCAGCAUCAGAGCACCAGAGAUGGUCUGUGAGGAAAGAGGCUGGAAAUGUUACACUUGAUCUGAAAGACAUCAGAUUAUCUGAUGAUGGCUUUUAUGACUGUCAGGUCUACAAGGAUCAGGACUGCCUUCAUGCAACUCAAUUUAACCUGAAGGUCAAAGAGUGUAAAACUUUGGACUCUGUCCAUCCAACACCAGGCUCUUCAGUGUUGCUGCCAUGCUCUGAACAUCCUCUACAAAACAGAACUGAGCGAGUCACUUGGAAAGUUGUUAAUGGUCACCAAUCAACAGAAAUAACCCAAUAUCGCCAUCCAAACAAGCCCUCAAGCAGCACAGAGAAACUCCUGAAGCCUCUGUAUGAGAGAGCGAGACAACUACCGAACGGAUCUCUGCUUAUAAGGGAUGCAGUGUACAUCGAUGAAUCAUGGUAUCAGUGCAGAGUGAAUGAAAAAACCUGCUAUGAAGUGAAGCUGCUGAUGAAAGUGAUCACAGAUGCUCCAACCACAGCAGACAGUACAGUUCUUCAGACUGUAGACAACAACAGUGACGAGAGUGAAACAGUGACAGCUAAUCUGACAGUAGUAGUGCUGACCACAGUAGUGUCUCUGUGUGUCCUCAUAUCACUGGCUGUCUGUGUCAUUCUGUAUUUCCAGAAACAAAGGCCCAAAAUUGAUAACCAAAUGGAAUUGAACUGCCAGCCUUCUGUGUAUUAUUCUGAAAUUUCAGGAGGGUUGGAUGUCCCUUUGUAUUCUGUAGUUCGACAUAAAACAAACAAUGACCACCUAUGGUGUGAAGAAACAGAAGCUCCUGCAUGUAAUCCAGACCACAUCUAUGAUAAUAGAAUGCUGUGAAAUAAAUCACUGUUUUUAUGUUUGUUUAAUGUUUCUUUGUUUUUUGGUGUUGCUGGUUAUUUUAUUU